AUGGCCAUCUCCUCGCGCCUCGCGCUCUGGGAGCAGAAGGAAAGUCUCGGUCGGAUCAGGGACGAGGACCGGGCUCCCCCCCCGGCCACCCCCCCACUGCUGCUGUCGGUCAUCCCCGGGGGGUUCAUCAAGCAGCUCGUGCGGGAGACAGAGAAGGAGGCGAAGGCGGCCAAGCUGAGGAAGGAGAGCAAGGGGAGCGUGAAGGAGGAGCCCGUGGGGCAGGACAGCACGGCCAGGGACACGCCAGGUGCCGGAGGAGCCGUGGCUGGUGCCGGGCAGCCGCUGCAGAACGGGCUGCACACGGAGGGACAGGGGGGAGAAGGGGUCCUGACCCCCCCACGCAAGGAGCUGCCCCCUGCCAGGGCUGUCACCAGCAAAGCCCCAUCCCCUGCACCCGCCCCAGCAGCUCCUGCCCCCAGACUGGCAGAGACCCCUCGCCCGGAGGCUCCAGAGGCAGCAAAGCCGUCGUGCCCCAGGAAGAGCCCCAAGGACACCCAACCCAGGGGCAGCCCCCCAGCUCCAGCCCCUGUGCCCAGCAAGGGCUGCAGGAAAGUUCCAGAGAAGGACGGGGACACAGCCAAGGGGAUGGGCCCUGAGAGCACCAAGAAGGAGAAGGGAACGGCCCCAAGCCACGAGCUGCCCCAAACCAAGGCAAGAGUCAAGAGGGAGCUGGGGCCGGUCAGGAAAGAGCCAGAGAAGGUGAAGAAAGAUGCUGGAGGUGGCAAGAAGGAGCCAGUGGAAAUGAAGACACCUGGAAAAACUGCAAACAAGUCAGAGGGGGUCAAGGAGGAGCCAGGAGGGAUCCAAGAAAAGUCAGAAGAUGUGGCAAAGGAGGUGGAGAAGGUGAAGGAAGAGCCAGGAGAGGGUAAAGAUGCACCAGGAGAGAGCAAAGAGACCGUUGAGAGUGCGGACACGGAGCAGGCUCCCAGGGAUGUUUGGUACGAAGCAGAGAAGGUUUGGCUUGUGGAACAGGAUGGAUUCACGCUCGCCACGCAGCUGAAGCCAGACGUGGGGACGCCGGAGCUGCCAGCCGGGCGGCUGCGGGUGCGACGGGAGGCAGACGGCGGCGUCACCGAGGUGGACGAGGACAGUGUGCAGCGGACCAACCCCCCCAGCCUGGAUUUGGCCGAGGAUCUGGCCACACUCAUCAGCCUCAACGAGUGCAGCGUCGUGCACACGCUGCAGCAGCGCUACCGGGCACGGCUGCCCUACACCCACGCCGGGCCCAGCCUGGUGGCCAUCAGGCCCAGCUUUCCUGCCAGCAGCAGCCCGGGAAAGGUGAGCCGUGGGAAGCGGGACAGCACGGCCCCACACAUCUGCUCCGUGGCACAGAGAGCCUACAGGAACCUGCUGCUGCAGCGGCAGGACCAGGCCAUCGUGCCCCUGGGCCGCAGCGGGGCUGGCAAGACCACGUGCUGCCAGAGUGCCCUGGAGUACCUGGUGGGCACAGCAGGCAGCCUGGAUGGCAGGGUCUCAGUGGAGAAGAUCCAGGCGAUGUUCACAGUCCUGGGAGCCUUUGGGUCGGUGACCACCAGCCACAGCAGCAGCUCCACGCGCUUCUCCAUGGUCCUGUCGCUGGAUUUCAGUGCCACGGGCCGGGUAACGGCUGCUCACCUCCAGACCAUGCUGCUGGAGAGGGGCCGUGUGGCCCAGCAGCCCCCUGGCGAGAGCAGCUUCAACGUCUUCCCCCUGAUGCUGGCAGGGCUGGAUGCAGCACAGAGGACAAUGCUGCACUUGCACCAGGUGGCUGAGAACAACUCCUUUGGGAUCAAGCCAUUCUCAAAGCCCGAGCAGAAGCAGGCGGCGGCGGCGGCGUUUGCGCGGCUGAGGGCUGCCAUGGCCACGCUGGGCAUCGCUGCGGAGGAGCAGGCGGCCGUCUGGCGCGUCCUGGCCGCAAUCUACCACCUGGGAGCUGCUGGUGCCUGCAGAGUGGGCAGGAAGCAGUUCAUGCGGUUCGAGAGCGCGAGCGCGGCUGCCGAGGUGCUGGGCUGUGACCUGGAGGAUCUCACCACGGCCGUGUUCAAACACCACCUGAGGCAGAUCCUGGCGCAGGCGGCGGCGCGGGGCCGGCAGCAGCCCCCGGCAGAGCCCAGCCCGGCAGGGCCGAAGCUGACGGGUGUGGAGUGUGUGCAGGGGAUGGCUUCGGGGCUCUACGAAGAGCUUUUUGGCACAAUCGUCUCUCUGAUCAACAGGAGUUUCUCCUCCCAGCACCUCUCCAUGGGCUCCAUCACGGUGGUGGACACACCAGGUUUCCACAACCCGCGGCACCAGCACGGCGAGCGGGCGGCCACCUUCGAAGAGCUCGGCCACAACUACGUGCAGGAGAGGCUGCAGGCUCUCUUCUAUGAGAAAACCUUCCUGUUGGAAAUGGAGAGGUACAGAGAGGAGAAUGUCGAGGUGUCUUUUGAUCUUCCAGAGCGCUCUCCACUGGCCACGCUGUCCGUCAUCGACCUCAGCUCCUCACAGGCACCGGUGCUGCCCGGUGUCCCGGGGGCCGAUCGCAAGGGGCUGCUGUGGAUCCUGGACGAGGAGGUGCUGAGCCCAGGCUCCGGGGAUGCCACCGCCUUCGAGCGCCUGUGCUCCUGCUUCGCCACUAAGGGCCCUGACCAGGAGGGGGACGGCCCCAUGCGCAGGUGUGAGCAGGAGCUGCACUUCGAGAUCUCCCACCAGCUGGGCACAGACCCCGUGCGCUACGACCUGAGCGGCUGGGUCAGCAAAGCCAAGCUCAACCUGUCGGCACAGAAUGCCAUCCAGGUGCUGCAGCACUCCACCAUAGCCGCUGUGCGGGAGCUGGUGCAGCCGCGCUGCCGGGCGCCGCUGGCGUGCCGGGCUGUGGCAGGGCUGGACGGACGCUCCCAGGCUGUCCUGGCCCGCAAUGCCUGCCUCAGGAAGACCUUUGCCAGCAGCUUUGCAGCCGUGAGGAAGAGGUCUGUGUGUGCUCAGCUCAAGCUGCAGGCGGACGCGCUCACGAACCUCCUGCGACGGUCCCGGCUGCACUUCAUCCACUGCCUCCUCCCGGGAGCGGGGCCCAAGGGGCCGGUCCCUCAUCCCCCUGAUGCAGCCCCGUGGCUGGAUGUGCCGUCCCUGCGAGCUCAGCUGGAGGGGGCCCAGCUCCUGGAUGCCCUGCGCCUGCACCGCCUCGGCUACGCCGAUCGCCUGCUCCUCACCCAGUUCCGACGGCGCUUCCAGCUCCUGGCUCCGGACGUCAUGAAGAAGUUCAGCUCUGCCUACGAGGUGCCAGAUGAGACCAAGGCUAUAGAGGAGCUCUUCCAGGCUCUGGAUCUGGAGAAGAAGAGUGUCGCCAUCGGACGCAGCCAGGUUUUCCUGAAGCCAGGGGUCGUCUCCAGACUGGAGAAGCAGCGUGACAAGCUGAUAGCCCAGAAGAUGAUCCUGCUCCAGGCUGCUUGCAGGGGCUUCCUCAGCCGUCAGAAGUUCAAGAGGCUGAAGAUCCAGCGCCUGGCUGUCCGCUGCCUGCAGAAGAACCUGCUGCUGUUCCAGGCCGUCAGGCACUGGCCGUGGUGGCAGCUGCUGAGCCGCCUGCGGCCCUUGCUCAGCGUCAGCCUGGCAGAGGAGCAGCUCCAUGCAAAAGAGGAGGAGCUGGCAGCACUGAGAAGAAAGCUGGAAAAAUCUGAGGAGAUGUGCAGCGAGCUCAGGCAGAAUGCAGAGAGGCUGGAGAGCAAGAUCAUUGACCUGACGACAGAGCUGUCAGAUGAGCAGCACAAGGGUGAUGUUGUCUGCCAGGCCUUGGACAGGGAGCGGGCAGAGAGGCUGCGGGGCACCCAGGAGCUGCAGGAGCUGCAGAGCAAGCAUGACCAAGUGCAGAAGAAACUGGAGUCGGUGGAAAAGCAGCUGGAAGAGGCCCAGCAGCUGGUUCAGUUGCGUGAGAUGAAGAUAAGUGGCUCUGGAGGAGAGGAUGAGUGGCAAAUGCGCUUUGACUGCGCACAGACCGAGAUCACGUUCCUGCAGAAGCGGCUGGCGCAGCUGGAGGAGCGGCUGGAGGCCGAGCUGGGGGCCAGGACGGGGCUCGAGCAAAAGCUCAGCUCGGUGCAGGCAGCGUGGGAGGAAGCCAGGCAUGCGGCGGGGCGGCUGCGGCGGCGCUGUGGGCGCAUGGCCUGCGAGCUGGAGGAUGCACGGGUGCUCGCUGAGAGCCAGCAGAGCCGCAGCCACGAGCUGGAGAAGAGGCAGAAGAAGUUUGACCUGCAGUUAGCCCAGGCCCUGGGGGAAUCUGCCUUUGAGAAGAGCCUCCGUGAAAAACUGUCCCAGGAGAACACCAGCAUCCGAUGGGAGAUGGGAAAACUUCAGCAGAGCUUAGAGCAGAAGGAGGCAGAGGCCAGCAGCCUGGCGCAGGAGGUGGCCACGCUGGCCGGCCGGGUGCAGGAGCUCAGCGCGCCCGGUGCCCGGGAUGCCAACGCCGUGCCCGCGCUCAGGAAGCAGCUCUGGGACCUGGAGGCCGGUGCUGCUGAGCAGCAGAAGGAGCUGGGGCGGCAAACGGCCGCCGUGGAGCAGCUGGAGCAGCUCCAUCAGAGGCUGGAGCUGGAGAUGGAGCGGAUGAAGCAGAUCCACCAGAAGGAGCUGGAGGACAAGGACGAGGAGCUGGAGGACGUGCGGCAGUCCUGCCAGAGGAGGCUCCGGCAGCUGGAGAUGCAGCUGGAACAGGAGCACCAGGAGAAGCAGAUGGUGCUGCACGAGAAGAAGGACCUGGAGGGGCUCAUCGGCAGCCUGUGCGAGCAGAUCGGCCGCCGCGACUUCAACGUGGAGAAGCGUCUGCGGCGGGACCUGCGGCGCACACGGGCUCUGCUGGCCGACCUGCAGCCGCUGCUGCCCGCGCCCAGCCAGCCCGGCGCCCAGCCCCCGGACCUGGAGCGGCUGCGCAAGCAGUUGGAAGAGAGUGAAGCAAAGUGUGCAGAGGCCCAGAGGUCCCAGCAGACAGCAGCCCUGGAGCUGGAGAACUUGCACACAGAGCUGGAGACCCUCAGCAGAAACAAGACCCUGGUGGAUGAGCAGCUGUACCAGCUGCAGCACGAGAGAGCUGACCUCCUGAAGCGCAUCGAUGAGGACCAGGAAGAUCUGAACGAGCUCAUGGAAAAGCACAAGGCUCUGAUUGCCCAGUCGGCAACGGACAUUGCUCAGAUCCGGGAGCUGCAGACGCAGGUGGAGGAUGUGAAGAAGGAAAAGCAGGGCCUGCAGGAGAAGCUGCAGGCAGCCCAGGCCAGGGCAGCGCUGCUGGAGCAGAGCCCCCCCGAGCGCGCCAUCGUCAGCCGGCAGGAAGCCCGGAUCCGCGACCUGGAGAGCCAGCUGGACUUCCAGGCCGUGCAGAUGAAGCGCUUCGAGGUGCUGGUGCUGCGCCUGCGAGACAGCAUCAUAAAGAUGGGUGAGGAGCUGGAGAAAGCGGCCGAGUCCGAGGCACGGGAGAAGGAGAGCACCAGGUACUACCAGAGGAGGAUGGAGGAGAUGAAGGCUGACAUGGACGAGCUGGUGCAGAGGGAGCUGGAGUCCAGCCGCCGGCGCGUGGAGCUGGAGCAGCAGCUGGCGGAGCUGGCGGCCGUGCGGCACGAGCUGCAGGCGGACCUGGGCACCUCCAUCCGCCGCAUCGCCGACCUGCACGUGGCCCUGGAGGAGCUGCGCUGCAGCGAGGACGAGAGCGAGGACGAGAGGGAUGUUGGCUCCAGCCUCGGCUCCACGCUCAGUCUGGAGCCCACAGACAGCAUCAGGUCCUGGCCGGGUUCGUGCGGGGGCUGCUCUGCCCCAGCAGCCGCCAGCGUGGCCGGGAGCCUCUCGACACAGUCCCUCAGCAGCCGCAGCACCCAGGGCCCCAGGAGCAGCAGAGAUGCCAAGGAGCCGGCACCGAGCCGGCCGGCUUCUUCCCAGAGUGCUGCCAGGUCUGUGGAUGCUGCGGAUCUGGGGAGCAGAGGGAGUCCCAGUCCCUUGCUUGGUGCCAGGAGACGGGAGUACAGAAACCCUGCAGCAGAUGAAGAGGAGCUGGACAGCCCCAGAAAGCCCGUGGAUCGGAUAGGAGAGACGUCCCCGUCGGUGCUGCGGCGGGGGAGCUCCCCUGCCCCGGACAGAAGGUUCCCCAGCGCUCUGUCUCCGACGGCACCCAGGAGGAGAGGGCAGGCGGGGGCGGCAGGGCCGGUGCCCAGCUCCUCGGCCGCCCUGUCUGAGUACGUGGAGGAGCUGCGGCGGCAGCGGGGAGCGGAGCGUGACGCGGGGCCCCCGGCGCUGGGGGACACGUCCCCCCUCCCCAUCUUCCACACCGCCGGGGCCGCGGCGCUGCGGCGCUCCAGAGCCCCCCCGGCAGCGCAGGAUCCCCCGGGGCUGGGGGCUGGCCGGGGGGCCGGGGCCGGGCUCGUGCGCUGCUCCAGCCUGCGCAGCAUGGCCUCGGAGCCCCCCGGGCCGCCCCGCUCCCCUGUGCUGAGCAGAGCCGCCAAGUUCGGCUCCUACGACUCCCUCCUGCAGAGCCUCGACGGCUCUGGCCGCCGGCCCAGCUCUCCAGCUCUCUCCCCCAGCUCUCCGGAGGUGCCGGCAGCGCCGAGGCUGAGGUCCUGGAGGAGCUGCCUGGAGCCUUCGCUGGAAGCCCUGGAGGUGGGAAGGGGCUCUGGGGGGCUCCCGAGCUCUGUGCCGGGCGAUGGGCUGGGUGAGGGGAAGGAGAGCGACCCCUUCAGCUGGCGAAUACCCACCCUCAACUUCGAGAGGAAAACCAACGUCGACUUCGACGACUUCCUGCCGGCCAUUCGCAAGUCCCGCUCCACCAGCAGCCUGGCCAAGCCCGGCAGGGACAGGAGGGACGGCCACCGGCCCCUCACUGUCCGCUUCCAGGACGAGGCCGUGGCGGGCAGCUCGGCAUCCUCCGAGGCGAAGGGCCCGGCCAAGCGCAGCCUGAGCUGCCGGGAGGACCCCGGGGACCUCUCCGACUCCUCCUCGUCCUCGGGCUCCGUCCUGUCCUCCCGCAGCGCCGACAGCGUCAAGCGCCGGCCGCAGCCCCCGCGAGGGGCCGGGGAGGGCUGCAGCAGCAGAGCCGGCACCCAGGGCAGCGCGGCGAGCCAGCGGGCAGAGGCAGAAGGGAAGGAGGACGAUGUCACCAGCAUCAUGAGGAAGUACCUGGGGAAAGAUUAA